AGCGUGGGGAGGAGUCCGGUCUGCGGCGGCAGCGUCAGAGCGGUGCUCCCGCUGUCCAGAGGCUCAGACCUAGCUCGCGAGCCUAAGAUUAGCACCGGAGGCUCCUUUCCCGGGCUAAGGCUGCAGGACCAUGGCGGACAAGGAAGCUGGAGGUGGUGACACCGGGCCCCGAGAAACGGCCCCCACAUCUGCAUAUUCCUCUCCAGCACGGAGUCUCGGGGACACAGGAAUAACACCUCUGUCCCCUUCUCAUGUCUUGAACGAUGCUGACCCCGUCUCCGAGCAGCAGACCUUUCUCGUGGUGGUGGCCAUCGACUUUGGGACCACAUCCAGUGGCUAUGCCUACAGCUUUACCAAGGAGCCAGAAUGUAUCCAUGUGAUGCGGAGAUGGGAAGGAGGUGACCCUGGUGUCUCUAACCAGAAGACCCCGACCACCAUCUUGCUGACACCAGAGAGGAAGUUCCACAGCUUUGGGUAUGCUGCCAGGGACUUCUACCAUGACCUGGACCCCAACGAGGCCAAGCAAUGGCUAUACUUGGAGAAGUUCAAGAUGAAACUCCACACCACAGGGGAUCUCACCAUGGACACAGACCUGACAGCAGCAAAUGGCAAGAAAGUCAAAGCCCUUGAGAUCUUCACUUACGCCCUGCAGUACUUCAAGGAGCAGGCUCUGAAGGAGCUGAGUGACCAGGCAGGGUCAGACUUCGAGAACUCUGACGUCAGAUGGGUCAUCACGGUGCCUGCCAUCUGGAAGCAACCCGCCAAGCAGUUCAUGAGAGAAGCUGCCUACCAGGCAGGCCUGGCCUCCCCCGAGAACUCGGAGCAGCUCAUCAUUGCCUUGGAGCCCGAGGCUGCCUCCAUCUACUGCCGGAAGCUGCGGCUGCACCAGAUGAUUGAGCUCAGCAGCAAGGCGGUGGUCAAUGGGUACAGCGCCAGUGACACAGUAGGAGCGGGGUUUGCACAGGCUAAGGAACAUGUUCGACGUAACCGGCAGAGUCGGACCUUUUUGGUGGAGAAUGUCAUAGGAGAAAUCUGGUCUGAGCUGGAGGAAGGGGACAAAUACGUGGUUGUUGACAGCGGUGGAGGUACGGUAGACCUGACUGUCCAUCAGAUACGGUUACCAGAGGGGCACCUCAAGGAACUGUACAAAGCAACAGGUGGACCGUACGGAUCCCUGGGAGUAGAUUAUGAAUUUGAAAAACUGCUUUGUAAAAUAUUUGGAGAGGAUUUUAUCGAACAGUUCAAGAUCAAACGCCCGGCAGCCUGGGUUGACCUAAUGAUUGCCUUUGAGUCUCGCAAAAGAGCCGCAGCACCAGAUCGCACCAAUCCCCUGAACAUCACUCUGCCCUUCUCCUUCAUUGACUACUACAAGAAGUUCCGGGGCCACAGCGUGGAACAUGCCCUCAGGAAGAGCAACGUGGACUUUGUGAAGUGGUCCUCUCAGGGCAUGCUGAGGAUGAGUCCGGAUGCCAUGAACGCCCUCUUUAAGCCAACCAUUGACAGCAUCAUCGACCACCUCCGAGACCUGUUUCAGAAGCCCGAGGUAUCCACUGUCAAGUUCCUCUUCCUGGUGGGCGGCUUUGCAGAAGCGCCCCUUUUGCAGCAGGCGGUGCAGGAUGCCUUUGGCGACAAAUGCAGGAUCAUCAUCCCCCAGGAUGUGGGCCUCACCAUCCUCAAGGGCGCGGUCCUCUUUGGCCUGGACCCUGCCGUCAUCAAGGUGCGCCGGUCCCCUCUCACCUACGGAGUGGGUGUGCUCAACCGCUACGUGGAAGGGAAGCACCCUCCCGAGAAGCUGCUGGUAAAGGACGGCACACGUUGGUGUACUGACGUCUUUGACAAGUUCAUCUCCGCUGACCAGUCGGUGGCCCUGGGGGAGCUGGUCAAGCGCAGCUACACCCCAGCCAAGCCUUCCCAGCUGGUCAUCAUCAUCAACGUCUACAGCUCCGAGCACGACAACGUCUGCUUCAUCACCGACCCGGGGGUGAAAAAGUGUGGCACUCUCCGCUUGGAUCUCACGGGGACGGGCGGCACAGCGGUCCCCGCCCGCAGAGAAAUCCAGACCCUUAUGCAGUUUGGGGACACUGAGAUCAAGGCCACAGCCGUCGACAUAGCCACCUCAAAGAGUGUCAAAGUGGGGAUCGACUUCUUAAACUACUAAUGUAACUGUCCCUCCUGGCUACCAGCCCCCCUGGGACUCAUCUGCAUUUGCCGACCUCAGCCUUGACUGUUCUGUCCCUGACCCUGACCAUUGCCAUUACCCACCCAAAUUUCAGCAGGAAAGAACCAGAACGAAGAUUAGCUAAGGAUUCUUUUUGAGGGUACACCAGAGCGAGAAAAACCUCACAAAUCAAUAUCACGAUGGGGGGGGGGGGGAGGAAGUUUGAGGACCCCAGAGCAGCCUCUGAAUGGUCAAACAGCCCUUAGUGAGGAUUGGGUGCAGCCUGCUUUGAAGAGGCCUCUGAAAGGGAAGGCUUAGGACACCCGCUGCGAGCAGGGGUGGGGCGAAUAUUCAUCGGAGGUCUUUUAAAAUUAUCUUGGAUGGCCCUGAAUAGGAAAUACCAGCUUCCUGCAGAGUUAAUUUCUUCUCUUUAUCGUAGGACUCACAGUAGUGACUCAGUGGCAACUUACAGUGUGCUUUUUCUUUUUUACUUUUCUUUCUUUCUUUCUUUCUUUCUUUCUUUCCUUCUUUCUUUCUUUCUUUCUUUCUUUCUUUCUUUCUUUCUUUCUUUCUUUCUUUCUUUCUUUCUUUCUUUCUUCUUUCUUUCUUUUUUAAGCUGGUGGGAGAAGGCCGCCUACACCAGGCAGUGUUUCAUGUUCUCAAACAAUUUAGAUUCCAAGGAGGCUCAGUGAAGGCUGGGGCAGCCUUGGCUAUCUCAACCAGGACAUGGGUCGGGGUAAGAGUGUGGAUGCCUUGAUUUUUCCAGAACAGGUAAAACUUGCUUUGGUGGAAGUGUACACUGAAGAGUUAGUGAUGUACCCCAAAUUAAGCAGUCCCCCCCUUUUUGGAGAGUAUACAUUCUGAGAUUACUCAGUGGAUGACCAAAGGUGUAGAUAGCACCAAACUUUAUCUAUACUAUGUUUCUUUUCUAUACUUACAUACCUAUGACAAAGUUCAAUUUAAUGAGGUAGUAAGAGAUUAGCAACAGUAACUAAUGACAAGAUAGGACAAUUAUAAAACACUUUGAUAAAAUGCAUAUGAAUGUGGUCUAUGUUAGUAUAUCUUAUUACUUACUAUUCGUGCGUUUUUGGACCACAGUUAAUUAAAAACCCAGUAAAUGAAAACACAGAUCCGAAAACAAUUCUCAGAACAAUGAAGCUUGAGUUCAGAGGUCACACAUAAUUCUAGGUGACCUUAAUAGAAAUUUAAUUUAAGAAAAUGAAGUUUCUAUUUGCUCUGUUUAUAUCUCAGAAAUCCAAAACAGGACCCCGCCUUGCAAGCCAUGCAUAUUUUUAGUUAACCCCUUCCUUCCCCCUGUUCUUCAUCCCACCACAAGUAUGAAAGGAGAUUCUGUUCUGUGAAAUGUCUCCAUCAAACCAGCAGUUUUUCAAAUUCACCUAAUAAAAAUAAUAGAUAAACCUAGACCUGGUAAAUGAAGGCAGGCCUGUGGCUCUCCUGCCUCAGGACCACCUGGUGCUUGUCAGGAGCCAUUCCUGAACCUCAGUGCAGACUCUGGAGGAACUGGGUCUGCAGUCUUAGUGUUGGAAUGUGAGAAUUCCCUCAGAGCUGAAGUGACCACAGACCACAGUGUGUGGCCUCAACAAUCCCUGUCCUAUUUCCCUCAGGGAAGAGUGCGUGUACCUACACUCUGCCCUCCAGAAAAGCGGGUUGGAGACCCACCUGCCUUCCGGAGGGAGGUUGUUGCCCUUUUAACCGGCACAGGAAGAAUCAAAGAGAAAAAGACAGUAGGAGAGGAACCAUGAAAAGGAAGCCUCCCAAGGGGCAGGCCAGGUUGUGUGUGUCCCCCCCUCUGUGUAAGGCUAGUCUUGCUAACAUUGGAAAGCCCGAAUGAGGACAAAGAACCAAAAGUCUGACUCAGUCCUUUUUUUUUAUCUGUUCAAAACUGUCUUUUCCACCUGCUGGAAUUAUCCUGAUUUCAAAUCACUGGAAGCAUGCAUAAUGAAUGAAUGGACGGAAAGAUAGAGAAUGAGGGAGGGGACUUCAAAUGCAAGUUGGAGUUGUGAACCAUCAUCAUAGCCAAUAUGCAGAUUUUAAAUAGCAUUUUGAAUUUCAACCUAUUGUCUUCUUUUUCACACCGCUUGCCGCAGAUCUCCCUGCCAGAAUGUGAAAAAAAAAAAAAAAGCAAAAAACAAAAACAAACAAGAAAAAAAAAAACUGCUAUCAAACCACAGAACAAGCGAAUGGGAACCCCAAAUGGAACGGCAGGGUCUCAAACCCAGACCUCAGGAUGCUUGCUUUCCAGGACCCCCGCUAACCCUGCUUCAGAAGCUCAUGGGUGUUUCCAGCCACAGUCCUCAAACAGACUUUGAUUUUCUUACAAUGGAUAUAAUUUUAUGUACAUAGAACACUAGAAUCUUGUACAGAAUCUUUAUUUCUACUUGUGCUUGUUUGAGAAGGAAAAUACUUCUUAAUUUUGGUUAAUAACGCUGCUGCCUGUAAGCUCCACAGCUUCAUUUCUUAACUGCUCGCACUAGCUGCUGUCUUUGCCGUUACCCCCGCAGUGGACUAUGUAUGCAAGACCGAGCAAUAGACAGAGGUGCCUUGGGUCAGAGUACUCUGACCACGCAGACUACCCAGAUGGGCAGCUUCAUCAGACCCCUCCACACCUGCACACCCUACCCAGAGUCAAACAGUCUGAAUAACAAGUAAUAUAGCAAUUCUCCCGUCCAGACCUUGAGAGCUGAACGUACUGGUUCUGAAAGCAGUGACUACCAAAACACUCUGUGUCUGGCAGGGUGGCAUGCUUCAUGAUCAAAGGAACCAAAGGUCCAAUGAGUGGGAGCAGUGUCAUCAAGCCCUUCUUUCCUGGCUAAUGUAAAGAACUCCUUGCCUUCUGUCUAUCUCCUCGCCUCCUAUGUUGCUUAAAUGAGCUGAUAGAAGUCUGCACUGUUAGCAAACUGAUGAUGGAGAAAGAGUGUGGUUUCACUGGACUUCCUUCAGGCCCAGAGAUGCAGUCCCAGUAGCCAAAUUCUUUCCGUAAAGAUCUCCAAUCUACCCCUCCCCUGACUGAAGUAAUCUUACUAGAAACACUGGAUGAGUACACCUGGAACACAUUUCCCAGUCUCAGAAAAUUCCAGGAGGUCUAUGGUCUUGACCAAUUGUCCCUUGCAUAGGUUAUCUGGUCACUUAACUAACCUUUCCUGUACACAUCAGGCAUUCAUAAAUGCAGAGUGACAGACAAGUGACAGGCAGUAGGGAAGAGGAGGUGCUACAGAGGAGGUUCUGGGGAGCCAUGGCUGAGUCCAGGUUACAGAGCCUGCCCCACCCUUAGAAUGUUACUUAGACCAAGUUUAGCUUUUAGAGUCCAGGUCUGGUUAAUUGCCAGGGUAGCAAAGAAUUGCAUGCACCAAUAUAAACAAGGAAUCAAAAUGCAUUAUUUAUCGAAGAUGAAUUUCACAUUGUAGUGACGUAACAGUUGUGAUUAGGCUGCGCAGUAUGUUUGCCAGGGAAUGGCUUAAGUGGAUGGCUAGUAUAAAAGUUGUUGUCCAUAAUAUCUCUAACACCUCUCAUACGCUUGCAAUAUGGAACGAUGAUAUCCUAAGAUCUCAACCACUGGGAGUCUUGUUCACUACAAGAUAGAUCCAAACUUCACAGAAUUCUGCAGCAGUUCACAACUAGACAGGAUGGUGCCUGCAAACUCUGUCUUCACAGAUUCUAAUAAAGUAAAACUCUCAAUUUCA